AUGUCUGAGCAGAAAGACAACACAGGGUCCGACUGGCCUUCCUCAUCGAACUCGUCGGACAAUGAAAAAGGCAAUGACACGGACAUUUCACAACCCGAAUGCGAAUCUCCCACUCCACCACCAGCGGUCGAGUUCGAUAAUCCCAAGGGAUGGAUCGCUGUAGCAGCCGCAGCGUGUUCUCUCUUCGUUUACCUCGGAGUCAUUUACUCCUGGGGCAUCAUGCAAGUCAGACUCGUCGAAGUAACCGGAACAAAUCUCACAACGUUGACGUUCGUCGGAUCACUCGCAACAUCAUUCAUGAUAUCGCUUAGUAUCCUCUCUGGCAUCGCUGUUCGGAAGCUGGGGUAUCAGAAGACUGCUCUAGCUGGUGGUGUCUUGAUGGGUCUAGGUGAAUUCCUUGCAAGUUGGACGACAAAACAUGUUGGGGCUCUUUUUGUCUUCCACGGUGUGAUCUUUGGGAUUGGAGGAGGACUAUCUAUCUUUGCAUGCUCGACUGCUCCGCUUAGGUGGUUCAAGAGACACCGUGGCUUGGCUAUGGGUAUCGUAUUUGGCGGAGGUAGCCUUGGUGCAGCUGUCAUGAGUAUCGCGACGAACCUUCUCGUGAACCAAGUCGAUGUCGCGUGGACAUUCCGCAUUCUUGCUUUCAUGCUCUGGGGAGUCUGUAUCCCAGCUUCGUACUUCAUUCAACAGCCCGAGGGAUCCAUGAGUGCUGGCUUGAAGCUUCAGUGGCAUCGCUUCCGAGAACCUCGAUUUCUCCUUAUCAUCGCCGGCACAGCUUUAUCAUGCUUCCCCUUGUUUAUCCCACCAUACUUCAUUCCCAUCUUCACCCGAUCUAUGGGCUACUCUAAUCAGAUUGCCAUUAUCAUCCUGGCGGCUUGGAACUUGGCUUCCACCGUUGGCCGGGUCCUGGGGGGCUAUACUGCAGACCACUUGCUAGGCCCUCUGAACAGCUUGAUUGUCUGUCUCCUCUUUAUUGGUCUCAGCUCACUCGUCGUAUGGCCAUUGGCGUCCUCGGUCGGAAUCUUCUCCGUCUUCCUCGUGUUCAACGGCAUUGGCUGUGGAGCGUUCUUUAGUCUCGUUCCUCCCAUGCUCGGCGCUACAAUGGGGCCAGAGAAUACUCUUGGUAUCCUGCCUAUUGUUUGGACUACUUGGUUCUGUGGAUUCUUCUUUGGUACACCUAUUGCUUCGGGAAUCUACUCGCUUGCAGACAGUGGUGGUAGCAGUCUUUCGGUAUUCAGGCCCGCUGCUUAUUAUGCUGGUGCGAUCCGGGCGAAUAGAAGUGAAGUUUGCUACAAGGGUUCUAGUCAGUCUCUUGAGCUUGAUAAUUCAGUCCCUUUUGACCCUGACGGAGACACCAUGAGACUCGAUAUCGCCAAGCUUACAGCCUUUCUGGCGGCCAAUUCCACGGGCACUGGUGUACUAAUUUGCCCAGGUGGUGGCUACAGCCAUGUCUCUAUUGUCAAAGAAGGUUACAAUCCAGCUGCAUACCUGAAUAAACUUGGUAUUGAUGCCUGGGUUCUCGAUUAUACCACGACACUCAAUGCAACUGCACCCAUUUAUCCCAAGCCUGAGAAGGAGGUCUUCGCUGCUCUAAAGAAAAUACGCCAUGAAAAUCCCAACCUAGAGAAGCUUGGAAUUUGGGGCUUCUCAGCAGGCGGUCACCUUGCAUCUACAACGCUCACCAACCCCAAAGCCGGUCUGGACUUCGGCAUCCUCGCGUAUCCUGUGAUUACCUUGGAAGGCAACUAUACCCAUGCUGGUUCUCGGGACAAUCUUGUCGGACCUAACGCGACGGCCGAAGAAUUACACGCUUUAUCAGCGCAGAACUUGGUCUCUGAUACAACGCCCCCGACGUUUUUGUUCCAUACCUUUGACGAUCAAGCUGUUCCAGUGCAAAACACUCUGGUGUUUGCUGAAGCCAUGGCAGCUCAUAAGAGAAAGGCUCAGGUUUUGAUCUUAUCGGAUGGUCCGCAUGGCCUUGGGUUGGCUCUUGAUGACCCUGUACGCAGUUGGACAAACGAAUUAACACGAUUUCUCACAUAUUCGAUCUAG